AUGUAUCUAGCAUAUCGAUCGGAUAAUCUGAGAGUUUGGGGGUUAGAAUCGUCCGAUGUUUACGUGAAAAUCGUGACGGAAUCCGACUUCCUCCGCCUGAAAAUACAACGCCUGAUGGAGCCUUUGUCCGCACAAAAGCCACCGAUUGUGCCUGAGCCGGAAUACAGUAUUGCAAAACAUGACAAAACGUGA